AUGGACUUGCAGCUCGUGGACGACGACCUGGUACUGGAAGCGGCGCUGUCACUCUUGGAUCAACCCGACGGCGAAGGCGGGGGCCUGACGCAGCAACCACAGCGCAAGAAGAAGCGAAGUACGCGUGGAUACAACCCGAAUCGAGCUCGAGAGUCUCAGUACAAGAAGCUACUCGCCCUGCGCGAGCAUGUUCCGCAACUGGAAAAGUGUCUGGAGACGCUACAAAGUAAAAUUUCAACGCCGAAACAGGGAACAGACAUGAUGGAGCUGUAUAAGAAGCUUGCAAUGCACGAACGAAAGUCAAGAGAGAACGCAGAUGAAGAGAACCGACGUCUACGUGAGUUAGUGCGCGAAAACAAUGAGGUGACGAAUCGAAAUGUCCAACAGCUGCUGCAAACCAGACAGGAGAAUCUAGAGAUAUCGUCGCAUUCGACAGCGCAGAGGCCUGAGCCUUGGCCUUGGCCGCUCCGUCGAAUAUACGCCGUCCCGAUAAAACCUUGUGAUGGCAGCGUGUUCCAGGAGAUGGCGGAAAGUAUCGAUGCGGUGCAUCGUCAUGUGCUUCAAGUGUAUAGCCCCGAUUUAAACUAUACAACUCCAUUCUCCACGAGUGGAGAGGUUCAUUGCCAAGCUAUUGCCGACAAAAUCCUGCCGUACGAUGUUGAGUCAGUUGGUGACGCGGCCUGGCAGUUUUUCGCGCAUUCAUUCCGACGACCAACGACCAGAUUUUACUACCGCACGGACUCCCACGAGACUCCAGGACUCGUAAGCGAUGACACGGUUGUUGAAGUCUUCGGCGAAGAGCAUCGCUUCGGCCAAACUCUAUUGGACAUUAGAGUAAAGCAGAUCGUUCGGCGCUACGUAGCUGCUGGGCGCGUUGUGAUUGCCUGGCGUGCAUUCCUUAGUCCGCAGAAGUUCAAAACCGAGGCUUUGAGUGGCAUUGUAUAUGACGAGAAAGGAGCGCUGGUGAUCGAGCCCUUAAUAUCAAGAAACCAGAGCGAUGUCAAGUAUGUGCUCGAACUGGUGCAAGAACUCACGGGACACACUUCAGUUUUCGAUCCACCAAAGUUCUCAACAGCUCUACCCAGUUUUUUUUCCUUCGACAUGACGCUGCUCUUCGCUGAGGGAUCCAAGACCGCCGAACUAUCGGACGAGCGUCUGCGUGAGAUCGUGCGCGAGACGCUGCAGAAGCUCGAGACGCAGCGCGGCGCCAAGUUUGAGAAGGCAGUGAUCGUUCCCCCAGACUUCACCCGCUUCCACUCGAAGUCUGGCGUGCUGUCGCAAUAUGCGUACGAGUAUCUGCAAGACAAGAUGUUUGGUGAUAUCCCGAAAGAUCUCUUCCGUGUGCACGACUGGAGGAACGACGUGGUAACGAUCGGCCAGGUGCCUGCAGAGCUCAUCCAGAAGGCCAGCGACGGCAAAGUGAACGAGCCGUGGCCCGCUCAAAUCAACAAACUGCUGUGGGUAGGUGGCCAUGACCUGGUGCUUUCCAUCGGCCAAGUCGUUCCGCACGAGGUCAUGGGGAUGGCCAAUUUUAACAAGAAUAUCUUCGUUGGAACUGGCGGAAGCGAGGGCAUCAACUUCUCGCACUUCAUCGGCGCCGUGUACGGCAUGGAGCGUAUGAUGGGGCGUGCUGACAACCCACUGCGACGUAUCCUGAACUACGCGUCCACCAAUUUCCUUCAAAAAAUGCCUCUCAUCUACGUCCAAACAGUCAUCGGACGCGGGGAGAACGGCAACCUCGUGACACGCGGUGUCUUCAUCGGAGACGACGAGGAAUGUUUCAUGAAGGCUGCUGAAUUGUCGCUAGAAGUGAACUUUGAGCUUCUGGAUGCGCCUAUUGACAAGGUGGUGGUGUAUCUGGACCCGGAGGAGUUCAAGUCCACUUGGCUCGGCAACAAAUCCAUCUACCGCACACGUAUGGCGAUUGCAGACGACGGUGAACUUAUCGUGCUUGCUCCCGGGGUGGCUCGCUUUGGUGAGGAUAAACGCAUCGACGAGCUAAUCCGAAAAUAUGGCUACCGAACGACACCGGAAGUGCUUGCUCACCUGAACGCCAACCGCGACCUGAUGAAGAAUCUCAGUGCAGCCGCACACUUGAUCCACGGCUCGUCUGAGGGCCGAUUCCGCGUCACGUACUGCCCGGGGCAUCUUACAGAGGAGGAAGUUGAAGGUGUGGGCUUUGGCUACGGAGAUCUCAAAGAAAUGAGUGCGAAAUACCCUGUGGCCAAGUUGCAGGAUGGCUGGAAUGUGGACGCAAAUGGCGAGCGAUUCUUCUACAUCUCAAACCCUGCGCUGGGUCUGUGGGCUUACCGUGGUCGGUUCGAGGGUUCGCCAAGUCCUGAGGCCACGUCAACGUCUGCAAGUGGCACAACGACCAGCCUCUCGGCUGCUGCGGACACGACUGAAGCCUGCCUCGACGCUGGCGUGGGCGGUGGCCCCUUCAAACACACAUAGAGAAAUGGGUUGCAUUGCAAGCUUCUUGUUUUUGAUGAACCUGCAACGUCUUUUUGAGUCUACAGCAUGCAAAAAAUCAUAGAGCAACAACAUUGAGUUCUUGU